AUGGACGGUGGUUCUUUUUAUACACGGGCAGUUGCCAGUUAUGUUCGCACUGGCGAAGGCAACCUCAUCCGAUCGUUCGGUCAUGAUAACGUCCGCUUGCAAGAGGCGUGGUUCAAGUUAAAACCCAUCUUCGCGACGCAGGAGCCAAGCUCGUGGCAUGUGCUAUCUUCCGUAUGGGAGGAUGGAGUGCAAAUCUCGGUCUAUGAGCUGCAGCGGCCGCAGGGGGUGUUCGGUGUGGUGGUACGCGACCUCUCCGCAGAUCUCAAGUCGGACGAAGUAUUUGCUCGAUUACUGCUCAACCACCUGAGUCAGUAUGGCGAUGAGCUGGCGAAGGCGGUCUGUUGCAAUGGGGAGCCUCUUGCGGACCGCCUGGUCGAGGUGUUUGAGCAAGAACUGCUAUUUCAGCCCCCCAGUUCGCAAUGGGACACGGUUGGUAGGGCCGCGAUGCGCGAGACAAUAUCGUUUUUCACAUCCCGAAAGCUCCCAGUCGUGAUGUGUCUGCCUGCUUUCCCCUGCAAGUCGUCGAACCUCAACAAGGUGGGCGGCGUGGGUCCGGAUCGAGGGGAGGAGCUGGCGCUGCGUUGGCUUCACGAGGUGCUGGGUCGUAUGCAGGAUAUCUACGUCCCCGGGGCAUAUCUCUGCAUCAUCAGCGAUGGCCAUGUCUUCAGCGACUGCAUCGGCGUCGACGACACCCAGGUGGACCAGUACGGCGCACAACUGCACAACCUGAACCGCGCCAUCGGCGAUAGUGACUCCCAACGCAUCAGCUUCCUAUCGCUGCCCGACCUCCUCGAAGGCGGACAGACGGGCCACGACCUCCCCCUCUUAGCCUUGCAGCACCACAUCCCCACCGACCUGACAGGUGAAUCCGAACUCUGCCGACAGAUGUUGCUGCACAUGUGCGGCUCCAACCCGAACAGCCUCCGCAACCAUAUUCUGACGCAGGACGCAAGCGUGCUGGCGCUCUACCGGGGGUUUGCACGCUUCAUGCUCGAAGAUCUCGAGGAGCACGCGGCGGCACGGGGGCUCUCUCGCUCGCAGCGCAAAAAGUUGGCCGAGAAGCUGGCCUUCGAGAUGAUCCUGCGCAACCAGGCGUACUCGAACCUGACGGAGCUGUUUCUGCCGCAUUUCCUGAGAUUGUCCAUCCACGCCCACGCCAACAGCGGGCCCAAGUUUGGGAUCUGCCUUUUCAACCGCGCCACGACCCGCCUCGUAAGCAGCGUAAACGAGCUCGCCGGCGGCGGCAUCGGGAGCUUUGGCGACGAUGCCUCCCCGCACCUGCUCCACAUCCCCACCCCCUGGCAUAACUGCGUGUUGCGGAUCGCGGGGCACCAGGGUUUCUUCGUGGCGAAAGCCAAGGUCGUCCGGAAGGCCCUGGCUAGCGGUCAGGUGCGCGGGCAUUGGGUCCCGGCCGGUGUGGCGGCGGAUUGCGGGGCCGCCGAUACCUUCGGCAUCGUGCCCUCGGUGACAGGGACGACGAUAGCGACAACGGAGCCGCGACGCAGCGUCUGGUGGGGUUGGACCUAUCUGCGCAGGCUGCGGCGGUACAUCGACUUUCAGCGUAAAGCUGCUGGGGUUUCCUGA